GAGUCGUGUCGUUUCGUUUCGUGGGUGCCCCGUAAUUGUUUGGAAAAUGGAAUUCAACACUCUCUAACGAGCUUCCUCAGAAACCCUCCUCCCGCCAGUUCCAUCUCCUAAUUCUGUCUCUCACUUUAAACCCUAAGUUCUUCCUCUUGCCUAGCGGACCCUAGAUAUCAUGGCGGGGUCACAGGGCAAAAUUCUCCGGUUGGAGCUUGAAAACUUCAAGUCCUACAAGGGUCUUCAGACUAUCGGGCCCUUCUCUAACUUCACUGCGAUAAUUGGGCCCAACGGCGCCGGCAAGUCUAAUGUCAUGGACGCCAUCAGUUUCGUGUUAGGAGUGCGAACGGCGAAGCUCCGGGGGACCCAGCUCAAAGACCUCAUCUAUGCUUAUGAUGAGCGCGACAAAGCGCAGACAGGACGCAGGGCCUUCGUGCGCUUGGUCUACCAGCCAGCCGUUGGCUCCGAGAUUCAAUUUACUCGCACCAUCACGAGUUCUGGCGGCAGCGAGUACCGCGUUGAUGCCAAGGUCGUGAACUGGGAUGAGUACUGUGGGAGAUUGAGGACACUUGGGAUCCUCGUUAAGGCCCGCAACUUUCUUGUCUUUCAGGGCGACGUAGAGUCUAUUGCAUCCAAAAAUCCGAAAGAGCUUACUUCGCUUCUUGAGCAAAUUUCUGGCUCUGAGGAAUUCAAGAGAGAAUACGAGGAUUGUGAAGAAAAAAAGGCCAGAGCUGAAGAAAAGUCUACACUUGUUUAUCAGAAAAAGAAAACAAUAAAUAUGGAGCGGAAGCAGAAGAAAGAACAGAAGGAAGAAGCAGAAAAGCAUCUACGCCUGCAAGAGCAGCUGAAAUCUUUAAAGAAGGAUCAUUUUUUAUGGCAAUUGCUUAAUAUAGAGAAGGACUUGGAGAAGCUGAAAGACGAAGUUGAAGCUGAAGAAAGAAGCCGUGAUGCUGUCAUGAAAGAACUAGAACACUUUCAACGUGAAUCAGAUAAAAAAAGGAAAGAGCAAGCAAAAUAUCUGAAAGAGAUUGCGCAAUGCGAAAAGAAAAUUGCAACAAGAAGAAUUCAACUCAAUAAAAUUCAACCUGAUCAUAUGAAAUCAAAUGAGGAAAUGUCUCGCAUAAAUUCUAAAAUCAAGAGCACCCGAAAGGAGCUCGAUAGAAAAAAGGAAGAGAAGAAGAAUCAUGCUCUUGAGAUAGAAGCGCUCCAGAAGGGCAUACGAGAUCUGACUGCACAGCUAGAUCAUCUAAUUGAAAGAAGUCGAGAUGCGGGUGGGAAACUUCCGUUGGCUGACUCCCAACUAGAGGAAUACUUUCGGAUUAAGCAGGAUGCUGGGAUGAAGACUGUGAAGUUAAGAGAUGAGAAAGAAGUUCUGGAUAGGCAACAACGUGCUGAUCUCGAAGCUCAAAAGAAUUUAGAUGAAAACCUCCAACAGUUGCUUAAUCGAAAGCAUGAACUGGAAGCACAAGAGGAGCAAAUGCGAUCUAGAUUGAGAAAGAUUACUGAUUCUUCUGCAAAGCAUAAGAUUGAACUGACAGAUCUGGAAAAGGAAUUGCGUGCUGUGAAAGAUAGACAUCAGGAUUCCAGGUCUAAAUACGAGAACUUGAAGUCUAAAAUUGGUGAAAUAGAAGAACAGUUACGCCAAUUGAAAGCUGAUAAACAUGAAAAUGAGAGGGAUGCUAGGUUUUCUGAGGCAGUUGAGAAACUAAAACAACAUUUCCAAGGUGUUCAUGGCCGGAUGACUGAUCUCUGUAGGCCAACCCAGAAGAAAUACAACCUUGCUGUCACCGUGGCUAUGGGUAAAUUCAUGGAUGCAGUAGUGGUUGAAGAUGAAAGUACAGGAAAAGAAUGCAUUAAGUAUUUAAAGGAGCAAAGGCUUCCGCCUCAGACAUUUAUACCUCUUCAGUCAGUUCGUGUUAAGCCAAUAAUGGAGAGGUUGCGUGCAUUAGGUGGUACCGCAAAGUUGGUGUUUGAUGUAAUCCAAUUUAAUCCAGCCCUGGAGAAAGCUAUUCUUUAUGCCGUUGCGAAUACUAUUGUUUGUGAUGACCUCAAACAAGCCAAGGAACUUAGCUGGAGCGGGGAGAGAUUAAAAGUUGUAACUGUUGAUGGAAUUCUUCUCACCAAGUCUGGCACAAUGACGGGUGGUACAAGCGGUGGAAUGGAAGCAAGAUCAAAACAGUGGGACGAUAAAAAAAUUGAAGGACUUAAAAAAAAGAGAGAGCAGUAUGAAUCAGAGCUAGAAGAGGUUGGUUCAAUGAGGGAGAUUCAACUAAGAGAGCACGAAGUAGCUGGCAAAAUAAGUGGGCUCCAAAGGAAAUUACAGUAUGCAGACAUUGAAAAGCGAGGUAUUGAGGACAAACUUGUAAACUUGAAGCAUGAGAAGCAAAACAUUGAAAAAGAAAUUGAUCGCAUAAGUCCUGAAUUUCAUAAGUUGAAAGAUGCUAUUGAUAAAAGGGAUACUGAAAUCCGGAAGCUGGAGAAGAGGAUCAAUGAGAUUGUCGACCGAAUCUACAAGGAUUUUAGUAAGGUUGUUGGGGUGGCAAACAUCCGUGAGUAUGAAGAAAACCAUCUAAAGGAUGCACAGCAGAUGGCUGAUAAAAGGCUUAGUUUGAGUAAUCAACUUUCAAAAUUAAAGUACCAGUUGGAGUAUGAGCGAGAACGGGACAUGGAUUCGCGAAUCAGAAAGCUGGAAUCUUCUCUCAGUGCUUUAGAAAAUGAUUUGAAGCAGGUUCAGAAAAAAGAGGCUGAAGCGAAGAUAGAUAUGGAGAAAGCUAAUGGUGAAAUCGAUCGAUGGAAGGAGGAAGCUCGGGAGUGGAAAAUGAAGUCAGAAGAGUGCGACAAGGAUAUCCAAGAAUGGUCGAAGCAAAUUUCUGCAUCUACAAGCAGCAUAUCUAAGCAUAAUCGUCAGAUUAGUUCAAAGAAUGCACAGAUUGCAAAGCUUUCAUCACAGAAGCAGGAUAUAGUGGAGAAAUGUGAAUUAGAGCACAUCAUCCUUCCCACUAUUUUGGAUCCAAUGGAAAUUGAUAGUUCAACACCAGGCCCAGUUUUUGACUUUUGUCAGUUGCCUAGAUCUUAUCAGCAGGACCGGAGGCCUUCCGAGCGGGAUAAACUUGAGCUAGAAUUUAAACAAAAAAUGGAUGCCUUAACAUCAGAAAUUGAAAGAACUGCUCCAAAUUUGAAGGCACUGGACCAGUACGAGGCGCUAAAAGAGAGGGAAAGAAACGUAAAUAAUGAAUUUGAAGAAGCCAGCAAAAAGGCGAAGGAAGCAGCGGAUGCUUUCAAUUCUGUGAAGCAGAAGAGGCAUGAUUCUUUUAUGGCAGCGUACAACCACAUAUCUAGUAACAUUGACAAGAUUUACAAGCAGUUAACAAAGAGCAACACACAUCCACUUGGAGGGACAGCUUAUUUAAAUUUAGAAAAUGAUGAUGAUCCAUUUCUACAUGGCAUAAAAUACACUGCUAUGCCCCCUACAAAGCGUUUUCGCGAUAUGGAACAGCUUUCAGGCGGGGAGAAGACUGUUGCAGCUCUUGCAUUACUCUUUGCCAUCCAUAGCUUUAAGCCUUCACCCUUUUUCAUAUUGGAUGAAGUUGAUGCUGCAUUGGAUAACUUAAAUGUUGCAAAAGUCGCUGGAUUUAUUCGUUCUAGAUCCUGUGGAGCCAAGGACAAUCAGGAUGCUGAUGGAGAUAGUGGUUUCCAGAGUAUUGUGAUUUCACUGAAAGAUAGCUUUUAUGAUAAGGCUGAAGCUUUGGUUGGGGUUUACCGGGACUCUGCAAUUGAUAAGAAGUGCUCAAGCACACUUACAUUUGACCUCACCAGAUAUCGUGAGACCUGAGUUCAUUGCCAGGUUGCAGCACCAUAUGUUUUGUAAAUAACUGCGUCUUGAUGUCAUUGUUGAGAUUAUGAUGUGAGCAGUCAUAUACUUGGACUAGCAUGUAUGAAUAUUAAGCAUAUUUGUGCUUUACUAUGAUAACAUAGGGAUUUACAAGAUCAUGGGUCUGAGACUCACUAUUGUCUAAAAAAAUAUUAAUGACUGCAUAAUUCAGGGGCGAUGACCUAACCAGGUCUAUGUAAGGAA